ACAAAACGCAUAGGGAAUUCUACUCCGACGAAUACCACUCCAGCCAGGAACUUCUGGAUGCCGCGCAGAGCUCCAGAAGACACGGAGAAGAAGGACUUUUUGCGUCAGCUGAUUAAUGAGAAAAAGGAGAAGCACACUAGGAAAUGGGAAAUGAAUGAGAGAAAGAAGAUGGAUGAGAUGAUCAGACAGGAAAUUGAGAGGAAUUCGGCGGCGCUAGAAGCUAGGGUCAUGACUCGAAUUGGGAGGCAGUACCUGGUUUCGAGGGACGAGGCUAGAAGGGAGGAGCUUCGCUCACCGGUGGUCCGUACGCUGGCGUCUGCGUACAAGGGGAAGGAUUAUGGUGACUAUUCUGACAAAGGUUUGAAGGAGAUAGAGGACGAGAUAGCUAUGUUGUACGAGUUGCGUGAGAAGAAACGGAAGGGCAAAAUGACUAUGGACGGUUCGCAACGCGGAUUUCAGCGGCCAUUGUUUAGAAGUGACAAGGGUUCUUUGGAUGACUUGCCUGCAUCUGGUGAGACGUCGAAGCAAGGGGAAGGACGUGGGAGAACUAAGGUAGCAGCGGGGAGUGGAACGGAAGGAGUGUUGACAUUCGUGCUUGCUCAAAGGAAGUUGCUGAUGGUAAAAAAUAAGGAUCAGUUGAAAGUUAUUUGCGGUCAUCAAGGGGUGCAAUAUACAACCAAGGCACCGACCAUUGAGAAGAUUAUCGAGGUCCGUACCAAGCUCGCCUAUGAAGGCCUUGUCUUCGUGCCUGCCACUCCGGGAUCUCGGCUAGAAGAAGAGCACACGCCGUUGAAAUGAAUUGCUAGGUUUUCCAGGUUCAUGCUUUGGAAGAAUCUGCUGCAGUGUAUGGAACUCAGAAAUAAGGCAUGGGAGCUUGGGUGUCCCUCUAGACUACGGGCUUUGUACGAUAAAUGUGCUACUCUAUG